AUGUCCCAGCCAAAGUAUACGGUGUUUGUGAGGGUGCCCAUACCCAGGGGAGACUUUAUUGAUCCUCCUCCCGGAGUCAAGUGCAUUGCUGAACGAUUCGAUGUCCCCGUCGAUUUUCUCCUUAAACAAGUCGCGUACUUGACUGAAAGACAUGCGUCGCAGGUUCGAGCCCAAGUCCGAAAGGCUACGGCCGCAGCGAAAGGCUCAGCUGCCCCAUCUCCCAUCCCUGGUGCAGAACCGACUGGGUCAUCCCAUCAGCGCGCUGCAUCUGCCCUUUCAGGACGACGAGACUCACCGAUGCCGCGACCUGAUGGUGCACUGAGUGGAACGCCGCUUUCAAUACCAAUACGCCCGAAUAUGAGUCGUGAUACGUCCGCCAACACGACGAUUCUGAAGGAUGUCGCUAGUUCGUCUUCCCCGCGCCAUGGUACGUCGUUCCCGGCCAGAGCGGCCGACCAGGCAGGCAGGAAGAGACUAUCAUCACUACCGAUAUCGUCAACUACAGCAAAAUCUCCUGAACCGCAGACAAACCAUCGCCGCAAUGAAACGGUUUCGCCGGGACCUGCUGAAUCCAGCUCCAAUGAAUCGUCUGACGAAGAAUCCAGCCCCGCACAGUCUCGAAUUAUCCGUCGACCACCACGGUUUCAACAACAACAGGAAGCUGCUGAAACGUAUCCUGAUGAUGGAGAUGAUGAAUUGGAGCCUGCGUUUCAACCGUUCCAGGCUUUAGAUCAGCCAGGUCAAGACCUGGCUUCUACAGUGAGGGGGGAUGGACGGGCUUCUGGUCGACGAAACCAGAAGAAUCCCAUGCGGGAGUACAUUCACCAAUCUCAAAUGUCUGAUGAUUCGUCGACAGGCUCGCCUACUGCGAUACCAAAGCCAAAAUCGAAGGAAUCCAAGAUACCUGGACCACUCUCUCCACGGCGAGCUGCUGAGCUGGCAGGACGCAGUCCUAGCGGCAAGGGAAAGGCGAAUUCUCGCGAGGGUAGUGACGGGACUCCCAGCAUGGGAAGUAGUUUUAGUGAUCUGGAUGGUCUCUUCAAAACAAUCGCCGUCAUGUUUCGCCGGCAUUGGUCUGGUCUUCCCAAAGAUGCGGCCUUUCCAUCUGAUCUGAAAGGCUUGGGGUCUGUUUCGACCACCCCGAACUAUCACGGUACCCAAGCUAAUAAAAGCAGAUACUUUGUCAACGAUGACGAUGAAAUACGAUCCGUCAAGAGCCCAGAACAGUAUUUUAAAUUCUUCAUCAACAAGAAUUCGCGAAUAAACCAGCGUCAGAGAUUCGAAUUUGAUAAUGCCUUGGAAGACAUAAUUCAUAAGCGUCUCGUUGCUGAAGGACUAGAAAAGAUUGCUUUACCACUAGGAAGCAUGACUUCGGGAAAGCACGUACCUGUGUUUGCGACGCCCGACUUGCCUUCUAAAUCUCGGAUUAUUGUAUUCUUCGGCGAGCCUACCAAAGCCUUGGGCAUGCUGGCCGGCCGAGUCGCCAAUGGGCCCGGUGGUAUUAACAAAGGCUCAUUGGUUUCCGUCGUUCAAGAGCUUCAAAAACAAGUCACCUCCAAUAAAGAUUCGUCGCCGCCUGGCGUGUUCAUUGCUAAUCCUGGCCAGCUGUAUUGGUGGCCCGAGGGUCGCCGCAUGCUUACCACGACGGACAGCACGGCGAUCCCGUUGCCGAGCCUUGUUCAUGCUGGAAGGCGACAUAUUCCCGGCAUCAACACCGUGGUUGCACAUGAAGCGCCAGAAAAGCAUGUCAAGUCUGUUUUCAGCACGUUGCUCGAGGUGGUGGGCGAAUGCACCAAGGUCCAUCUGAUUGCCAUUGGGCAGAGCUGCGAACUGGUGACCAAGUUCUUGGACGACAAGACAAACUGGCACGCUUGGAAGGAUCGUCUCGAUGCUAUGCUUCUCAUGGGAACGGUCUACCCAGCGGACGAUUUGGCCAACCAAGCGCUUCGAGACUUCAUGGCAAAGCGCACCCGCGCGUACAUCGUUUCUGCGGAGCCCCUGGAUGCUCCUCUUGCACCCCCUUCUGGAAAUAAGGAGGAACAAAUCCCAGCUUUUGGGUGUCCGUGUUAUUCUUCCUCGGAGCCCUUCUACGCUGAGAUGGUUCUCAUACGUGCUCUCAAACCAGCCCUUCAGUAUCUGGAAAACGUAGCCCUGGCCCCGGGGUAUGAAAAUGACGAUACUCUAGUAGCAGCAAAGCCUAAGCAAGAGUUUACUGAUGAGGACUGGGAGAAGCUACCCGACUCGGAAAAGCCGCUUAUCGGGGUUGUGGAUGAGGACCAUAUGAAGCAAGAGGUGAAGAAUCAGAAGCGCUGGAGAAAGUUCCUGGAGACCGGAGAAGCUUGUGACACUGAUUCGUCUGACGAUGAAGAGACGUGA